AUGUGGUCCAGAGCUGUGUGGCUGGAAAGAGAUCAUGAGGAGGAAGGAGUAAUACCAUCAUCAUGGAUAAGGGAGGGUAUGGUGAUGUGGCCACCAGGUGUGAGUGCAGCAAAGGCCCUAAGAGAAAAGAAAGAGCCACAAGAUACAUGGCGGAGAUUUAAGUUGAUCAAGGUUAAACACCAAUCUGAGAAUUUCGAGGAGUGUGAAAACCAUGACAUCACCACUUGUAUAGACACUGAUGUGGACCAGGAGUCAGAAAAAAGACAGAAAAAGAAGAAAAAUUUUGCUGAUUUCAUAACUGAUGAUCACUGUGACUCUGCAGAAGAGGGACAGAAAAAGGAGCAAGAAAAUAAAACUGGGGCCAGAGAUGAAGGAAAAGUUCAAGUAACAAAAGAGAGAAAAAAUUCUAAGGAAAAGAAUGAAAGUCUUGUAUUGCCCACACCACCACCAAAAUUUCAUACAACUAAAUCCAUGGAUAAAAGUGAUCGCUCAAGAAACUUUUCGUCAGAUUCAUCUUCAUCCGAAUCUUCACGUGGUACCUCAAAGAGUUUAGAAAACAGGUCUAGAAAAAAACAAUCUGAUAAAAACAGAAAUGACAACAAAGAACAAAGAAUUCCAAGGUACAGGAGCAGAUCAAGACAUAGUUCCUCAGACUGGUUUGCAAGGGAAAGUUUUUCAAGAUCUCUGAGCCCUAUUCCCAUAGCAAAAGAGAAGAGGAGAAUAGAAAAGCCAUCUAAAAGGAUAAAAGGAUUCUCAAGAUAUAGAAGCAGGUCAAAUUCUCCCACUCAAUCUCGUAGCCCUAGUCCCAUAGCAAAAGAGAAGAGGAGAAUAGAAAGGCCAUCUAAAAGGACAAAAGAAUCCACAAGAUACAGAAGCAGGUCAAAUUCUCCCACUCAAUCUUGUAGCCCUAGUCCCAUAGCAAAAGAGAAGAGGAGAAUAGAAAGGCCAUCUAAAAGGACAAAAGAAUCCACAAGAUACAGAAGCAGGUCAAAUUCUCCCACUAAAUCCAACAGCAAAAAGCCAAGAUACAGGUCUGAAAGUGGGAGCAGGAGGCGUUCGAGGUCAAAAUCCCCAGAAAAAAGCUCAAAAAAGGAUACAUUCCCAAUGGAUAAUGCAAAAUUUCAGAAGAGAGUUAUGUUUCUCCUCACGGAAAUUAGACAAGAGAUAAAGGCAUUGAAAGCCCCUAGUUCCACCCUGAGUGAUGAUGGGGAAACUCUCCAGCAACUGACCACCAUUGGAGAAUUUGACACUUUAGAGGAAAAGUUAAAAGAAAAUAGUGGGGAACGCCACAAGCUAACACAGAGGUUGUCAAGUGUUGGAGGUAUCAGUGCCAGGGAUGGCACAAAGAAAAUUUUGCAAAAAGUGAUGUCCAAUGACCUAAUGGCAAAGUUCAAUAUGAAGGGCCAUAAAGGGAAGGAACCAUUUGCCAAAUCCCAAUUAUGUGAGAUUGUCAAAGGUGCGGUCUUGAAGCGAUUUCAAGCAACAGAACAUGAUAUUAUCCAAAACAUUGCUGCAGUCUUGAAGUAUGCCCCAGAUAGGAGAGGCGGGGGAGGGAGAGGGAAAGAGGCAGCUGAAAAUUCUGAUUAAGCUUAAAAAAAUGUGUGUUUCCAGUAACUCGAUCAACCCUAAUUUUUAUCCUCCAACUCCCCACCACUUUUUAUUCUAAAUCCGAAUUUUGAGCUUUACUUUUGUUCACUGGUACAGUUUUCUCAUAGUGCAGUCAGUUAAAUGCAUGUCUCAGAUACUGUAAAACAUACAUCUAUACAAGCUUUUUAAAGAGUGAACUUGUUUUGUUGUCUAUGUUUAUUCAUGAAUAUUUGUGUAUGUAUAUAUGACAAAAAAGAGCCAAUUGAACAAUUAACUGAUAUGCUUCCAAAAUAUUGCCUACAUACCUUCCCAAAAUUUUUUUAAGCAUGUUAAUGGAAACACAUUUUUUAUUUGGCCUUGAUUACCUGAACGUUAAGAUUUAUAUAUGCUAGCUUUUUGUAUUCUUUUUAUUAAAACUAUACAUACAUAAAUACUAUUUUUUCAUUCAAAUUUAGCAAUUUCAUGCAAAUUGAAAAGUCCUUAAUUAACAUUGUUUGUGUGUGUUAG